CAGUGUUUGUUAACUUUGUAUAUCUGUUAAUCUACUGUUAACAAGUGAGUUUAUAACCUGUGUUAAUGUGGCUAUAAGUAUACAACACCAAGUAUUAAUACAAGUUUUUUGUGAACUAAAUACUGAGCGAGAACUGAUAAUUACCAGAUGAUCCUGGCACCCGAUACUGGCAUUUGUAGUGUCAUUACUGUAGAUCAUCCUGGUACAAGAGGCUGACACUUGUAGUGUCAAUACUGCAGAUCAUCCUGGAACAAGAGGCUGGUACUUGUAAUGUCAGUUCUGCAUAUGAUCUUGGUACAGGAAGCUAGUACUUGUAGUGUCUGCACUGCAGGUCAUCCUGACAUUACUCCAAGUUACUGUGGAACAAGAAGCCAAGACACAGGAACUUGUAGCAUCAGUACUACAUGUUAUCUUGGUGCAAGAGGUUGGCACAUGUAGUAUCAAUAUUGCAGGUCUUCCUGACACUUGCAUCAGUAUUGCAGGUCAUGAUGGCACUUGUAGUGCCAAUAUCAGUGGUAGAAAUGUCCUGUAAAUUCUUUAAUAUGAAGUUACAGCACUAACUACAAUGUUGGUAAUAUAAUGGCAGCACUAACUACAUUGUUAAUAACAGUACAAUAACUAUAGAGUGAAUAAUACAGUGACAACACUAUUUACAAGUAAUUAUACAGUGACAGUUUUACCUAGAAUGUUAAUAAUCAAGAGACAACACAAAACUACAGUGAUAUUAACUCAGUAACAACACUUUAGUGUAAAUAAUACAGUGACAACACUACAGUAUUAAUGCAGUGACACUUUAGUGUUAAUGCAGUGACAACACAUCAAUGUUAAAAUAGUGAAAAUACAACAGUGUUUAUAAUAAUUAUAGUGUUAAUAGUCACAAUAAUGUAACAACAGUUUUGGUAAUAAAACAUUUACAGGGCUAACAACAGUGCCAUAAGGUUAAUGUGUCAUAAACUGAAAUAUCUCCUAGUGUCUCGCUUCAUAUUCCUCAGAUACUGUAUUACUUUCACAGCUUUAGUGCUUAUUAUAUAUAUAAUAAUAAAAUAUUACACAAAUAUUAUUUUUCUACUUAAGCAAUUCAAUUAAUGUGAGAAUAUUAUCAUUCACUAUGUCUAAAAUACUUGAAAAAUAAGUGUGUUGAAGCAAUACAAUGUACAGUUGUUCAUGAAGGAGACACAUUAUAUCAACAUAUACACUCACUAAAACAGUCUUCCUUGCAACCACCUCACUGUGUAUCUCUGGCCAGAUUUAUGAUGGACAAAAAAAAAAAAGUGUGUAAAAGAGAUUUCUCAACAACAGAAUUUAGUAUAACAUAUGAGAACUCAUAAUGAACAAAAACCAUAUCAAUGUUCAGAAUGUCUAAAAGACUUUCCUGGAAAACAAAUUUAGUAAGUCACAUGGAAGCUCAUACCGGAGAGCAACCAUAUCAGUGUCCAGAAUGUCUGAAAAACUUUUCUGAGAAAUCUCGUUUAGUAAGACACAUGAGAACUCAUACUGGAGAGAAACCAUAUCAGUGUUCAGAAUGCCUGAAAAACUUUUCUAGAAAAUCAAAUUUAGUUUGUCACAUGAGAACUCAUACUGGAGAGAAACCAUAUCAGUGUUCAGAAUGCCUGAAAAACUUUUCUAGUAAAUCAAAUUUAGUUAGUCACAUGAGAACUCAUACUGGAGAGAAACCAUAUCAGUGUUCAGAAUGUCUGAAAAACUUUUCUGAGAAAUCUCAUUUAGUAACACACAUAAGAACUCAUACUGGAGAGAAACCAUAUCAGUGUUCAGAAUGUAUGAAAAAUUUUUCUAGAAAAUCAAGUUUUAUAAGUCACAUGAGAACUCAUACUAGAGAGAAACCGUAUCAGUGUUCAGAAUGUCUAAAAGACUUUUCUUAUAGAAUGGAUUUAGUGAGACACAUGAGAACUCAUACUGGUGGGAAACCAUAUCACUGUCUUGAAUGUCUAAAAGACUUUUGUCAAAAAUCAUAUUUAGUUAGUCACAUGAGAACUCAUUCUAGAGAGAAACCAUAUCAGUGUCCAGAAUGUCUAAAAGACUUUUCUUAUAGAAAGAUUUUAGUGAGACACAUGAGAACUCAUACUGGUGAGAAACCAUAUCAGUGUUCAGAAUGUCUAAAAGACUUUAAUCAAAAAUCAAAUUUAGUUACUCACAUGAGAACUCAUACUGGAGAGAAACCAUAUCAGUGUUCAGAAUGUCUAAAAGACUUUCCUUAUAGAAAUGGUUUAGUAAGACACAUUAGAACUCAUACUGGAGUGAAAUCAUAUCAGUGUUCAGAAUGCCUGAAAAACUUUUCUGGAAAAUCAAAUUUAGUGAGUCACAUGAGGACUCAUACUGGAGAGAAACCAUAUCAGUGUUCAGAAUGUCUAAAAGACUUUUCUUCUAGAAAAGGUUUAGUAAGACACAUUAGAACUCAUACUGGAGAGAAUAGUAAGUAAGUAAGUAAAUUUAUUCAGGUAUACACAAAUACAGUUACAUAGAAUUAUCAUACAUAGCAGCAUAUGUGUAGAGAACCUAGGAUAACCCAAAAAAGUCAGACAGAGUGACUUAUUUCCAUUGGGGUCCUUUUACCUUAUUAUUAUAAUAUAAAGGUUAUAAUAUUUUCUUAUUAUUCUACAAUGAAGAUAACAUCUUAUUAUCAUACUAAAAAGACUAUCUACUACACGAGGGUCAUUAAGACUAUCUACAAUACGAGGGUCAUUACUAGGAAAAAGGUAAAAUUUACACGUAUGUUAGCUAAAAAAUAGAAAAUCAUU